AAAUAAAGAAAUAAAUGACAUCUGCCGCUACUACUAGUUUGAUGGAUCAGUUAAUAUGUCUUUAAAAUAUCAGCUUAUAAUAUUCUCUUAUUAGUUUUAUAAACUUGGAACUACUUAUAAAAACGAAUCAUGAUAUUGCAUCUAUUUUACCUAUAUCCUUUUUACAAUAAUUUUUAAAUUGUAAUUUAUGUCCAGAUUAAAGCAAUGAUUCCUAAAACUGCCCUUAUCUUUUGCACUAUUAUUUGUUAUUUAGUGGGACUAGGAAUUUAUAUGUCUGGUUUCAUGCCUGAAGCAAUUUAUAAAUCAAACUAUAGCAAUUCUACGGCAGACGAUUCCUGUUUGGAAUUAUUACAAAACCAAGAAUCUUGUAAAAAACUAAACUUAUAUCCUUAUAAAAGACAGUAUGAAAAAGUUGUUCUAAUUGUUAUUGAUGCUCUUCGAGCAGAUUUUGUGCCAUCAAUAUUGAAAUCUGAUUUCAAUACUAGUUUACCUUUUGUAGAAAGUAUGCUCCAGAAAAAUAAUGCUAUCGCUUUCAUUAAUAAAGUUUUUUCUCCUACUGUCACUCUUCCUAGAUUAAAAACUCUUAUGACUGGUAAAACUUCGAACUUUAUAGAUAUCAUCAACAAUUUUAACGCCAAGGAGUUAAAAGAAGAUACUUUUCUACACCAAGCCAAGAGUAGAGGACUGAAAGCAAUUUUUUAUGGAGAUGAGACUUGGCUGAAAAUUUAUCCCAAUUUUUUUAUAAGAAGUGAAGGUACUCAUUCAUUUUUCGUACAGGAUUUUGUAGAAGUUGACAAUAACGUAACAAGGCAUUUAAAAAUAGAACUUUCUAGAAACGACUGGGACAUAAUGAUUUUACAUUACUUAGGAGUUGAUCAUAUUGGGCAUGCUUUUGGUCCUUAUUCUUCUUAUUUAAAACCUAAGUUAAAGGAAAUGGAUUCCAUCGUUGAACUUAUUUAUCAAAGUUUAAAACAAAUGUCCUCGCAAAAUUCAUUGAUUGUUAUUUGUGGAGAUCACGGUAUGACAUUUGACGGAAAUCAUGGAGGUGUCACAAAAGGUGAAACACUUACACCUUUAAUUUUCUUAAAUACAUUAAAUUUUAAAUUUGCCAAUAAAAACAAAAUGGUUUCACAAGUAGACAUUGCUGUUACUUUGAGCAUUCUUUUAGGUUUGCCUAUUCCCAAAAGUAACAGUGGUACUUUAAUAGUGGAUGUGCUACAAUUCAGUAACUUACAAAAGGCACAAUUUUUAAAUGCUAUGUUUAGUAAUGUAAUGCAGUUAUAUAAAUUAAAUGAAAAGUCUCUAUCCAACAACAAUAUUAUGCUAAAUAUAUCAAAUGUUUUAGAUCUUCAUUUGUCAUUUUUCGACACACAUUUUCUAGGAUCCUACAAUCAAAGUUCAUAUUCUUCACCACAGUAUGAGUUUUUAUUUGAGAAAUAUACUUCUUUAUUAAAACUACUAAGCAGUUUGCAACGUCAUGAUUCAACAUAUGAUAAUAACUCAUUAAUGUUUGGAAUUAUUAUUAUGUGGCUAUCUGUUUUUAUGCUUAUUAUGUGUUUAACUGUUCAAUAUAAAAAUAUUACUCAUGUCUUUUAUUUUAGUUUUAAACCAUCCAUUAAUAAAACCUAUUUUUCUUUAGUGCUUGCUUGUUUGGUUUUAUACCUUUAUAAAUCUGAUAAACAUUUUACAUUUUAUUUUAUCAUACUUCCAUUAUCCAUACUAAUUAUGAGUCUAACCACUUUUAUGCUAUAUUAUUUGAAAAUGCUGUUGUCAACUGUUAUGUCAUUAACAGUAAUGGAAAAAUUAUGCAUAGUUUCGUUCAUUUUGCAUGCUUUGAGCUUAUUUUCAUCCAGCUAUAUAGAAAAAGAACACAUUUUAUGGUAUUUUGUUAUUGCUACUAUAUUUAUAUUGUUUAUAAUCAAGGACAGUAUCUUAGCUAUUAAGUUGUGUCAAGUUGAUAACUCCAAUACUAAUUUGCUUAAUAUUAAUCAAAGAAACUGUUCUAACUUUAGCGCACUUUCUAUUCUAAUUAUAUCUCAUUUCAUGUUUCGAGAUUAUGCUUUUAGUUGCAACGAAGAAAUCAUUCCGAUGAAUUUCUUUCAUUUAAAAGAAUUGUUUAUUGAAAAUCCUAUAGCUUUGUUCAUUGGUCAAUUAUUAACUUUGAUUUUAUUUUGGUACAAACAAAAGAAUAAAACUGUAUUCUGUUUAUUUUGCUUCGGUUCGAUAUUAGUUUAUGUUUAUAAAGCUCAAUUACAAGCUUUGACUUUAGUUAUAAAUAUGUUUAACAUAAAUCUAACAACUAUUCCUCAGUUAAUAUACUUUCUUGUAGUGAUAAUUAUUGUAUAUUCGUUUUAUGUAAGUUAUUUUAAUGAUUCAGAUUUAUUUUUUGAAAGUAUUAAAAACAAUACAGUUGAUAUUAUAUGUGCCUGGAUUUUAUUAACUCAUCUGAUUGGGCAGAAUUAUCUAAUUACAUAUACAACAGUGAUAAUAGUUCAAGAUAUAUAUCUUGGUCAAAUUACUAGUAAAAAUAAAAUCUUGGUAAAUAUAUGUAUUUAUCUACAAAUGGCUAUGUACUCAUUUUUUUGUCAAGGCAAUUCUAACAAUCUAUCAACAAUUGACGUUUCCAGUGGUUAUGUUGGUCUCUCAUCAUAUCAACCAAUUUUAGUUGGAAGCUUAAUUACUUGUAACACAUACAGAUCUGUAAUUUUGUGGCUACUUUUAUUAUAUUUAAGAGGGCUGAAUUUUUUUUGUGAUCCUAAAUUAAAGUAUAACCCAAAAAUUUUUACAAAUAUUAUUAAUUCAUUUCUAUAUAUCAUAGCUUAUCGUUUUUCAAUAUUAGCUUUAUAUUGCAUUAUAAUGUAUUCAAUGAAACACCAUUUAUUUGUUUUGUCUGUGUUUGCACCUAAACUUUUUUAUGAAAUAGCACAUACAUUUAUAUUUAUAAUAUGCUUAUCUUGUUUGAUUUUAUAUUAUUAUGUUGCACAAAUCAUU